AUGGUGACAACAUUCAUCUAUAACCACACGUAUAUUGCGAGUCUCAUGAAAAAAUAUAUUGGUGGUAGAGAUAUUGUUUGUCCUGGUGUUACCCGAUUUGCAACACAAUUACUACAACUUCAAGCAAUUGUAAGAAAAAAGCAAGGUCUUGAAAACAUGUUCAGUUCUGAAGAAUUUAGAAAAACAAAGUAUGGUAAAGAAAAGAAAGGACCGGGAUAUGAAGCAAGAAAAAUCGUUAUGAGUAGGGACUUUUGGAGUAAGGCUAAUGACAUAUUGAAAGUAUUUGAGCCAAUUGUAAAAGUCUUGAGACUAGUUGAUAGUGAUGAGAAACCAACAAUGGGUUUCAUAUAUGAAGCCAUUGAUCGAGCAAAACAAGUCAUUCAACAAAAUUCUUGUUAUCAUUCCAAAUAUAAUGAUAUCAUUGACAAGCGUUGGAAAUUCAUGCACUUUAACCUUCAUUCUGCUGGUUAUUUUCUUAAUCCACAAUUUCAAUAUAGAAUCGAACAUGGAAUAGUUGUGCAUAAAGAAACAUUUAAUGGAACAAAAAAUGUAAUCAUGAAGCUAGAAAGAAACACGGAUGAUCAAAUCAAAGCUCUAAACCAACUAACACUUUUUAGAGAAAAGAGUGAAACAUUUGGUACGCCUAUAGCUCAAAAAUCUUGGUCUAAGAUGGAUGCAACUCAAUGGUGGGAAUACCAUGGUUCAUGCACUCCUGAACUUCAACGUUUGGCUAUGAAAGUUGUCAGUCAAACAACCUCUGCGACAAACUGUGAGAGGAAUUGGAGUACAUUUAGCUAUAUCCACACAAAGACAAGAAAUGUAUUGAAGUACAAAAAAUUGCAUAAGCUUGUCGUCACACAUUACAACAUGAAAUUGAGAAUGAAAGAUAAAUUAAGGAAGAGUCAGGAAGAAAUAGAAGCAAAUUUUGAUUUGAUAAAUCUUGACUAUAUAUUUCAAGAACAUCCAUUAUCUCAUUGGAUAGAAGAGAGGGAAAAUUCAUUAUUGUAUGGAGUUCAAAAUGAAGAAUGGUUGCCGAUAGUUGAUACAUAUGAUGAAAAUGUUGAUGAUAAUAGUGAACCUAAUGAAAGUGGUGGUGGUUUAAGUCCACCAAGCGGUAAUAGUGGUGAUGGAGGUGGUAAUGAAGUGGCCAAUGAGAGUGAAGAAGGAAGUGGAGGCGGUGAAGAUGAAGGAGAAGAUGAUGAUCAAUUAGAACUUGAUCCAUAUCAUGAAAUACCAUCAGGUUAUAGGCGUUAUAGGAACUUGAAUGAUAUGGUUCGAGCUGAUAACUCAAUACUUGAGACAAGAGGAAAUGUGUCACAAUCUGGAAGAAAGGGGAAAAGAAAACAAAAUGUUCCACUUGAAGAUUUUUCCUCUUCUAGUAUUGUUAAUAGUUUUAGUGAUUUUGGGAUUGGCGAUUCUUUACAAGGUAGUCAACAAUCUUAUCCACCUGUUUACCAGUAUCCAUAUUCAACUCUUAUAACCAGUAUCCUAUUGAUCAAGCUUUUUCGUACUACCAACAAACAAUUAAUGAUCACAAUCCUUAUCAUCAACAAUCAAAUGGUGAUGAUAAUCAGAGUGAAAGUACAAGUUAUGCUCCUUCACGGCAUUCCGCUAUGUGGUAGCAAGAGUCAUGAUACUGCCAGUUCUCUGAAAGCUCAAACUUGA